GCAACCCCGGGAUCACUAACAAGGAAGCAGUUAAGAGAGAGCAUGUUAUGUUGCUGGUAUCCUGCUUGUAACCAGCCAGUUUAGGAUUGGUUUGCUGAACAGCCUCUAAACAUUAAUGAUGGGAGAAAAAACAAGACAACCCUUAGAGGAAUUAGAUCUAAAUCUAAGUUUAGAUAGCUUGGAAGAAUCUGACUCUGAAAGCUUAACCCAGGAGAUACAAUAUCAAUCUCAACUACAAGACAGGAUUUUUGACAUUGAAGAACUUGUGGAGGAUGUACAGACUGCCAAAGGCCAAAAUGAUGGCAAACAAAAGGUUGUUGAUUCUGACAGAGCAAGAAAAGAAGUUAUCCUUGAUGGAAAUGUUAACAGUGCAAAUACACCUAACCACAACAAUAAAGAGACUGGGCACAAGAAAAUAAGUUUUCAGGAAGAAGAUAGCAGUUAUCGUCAUCUUAGAUAUGAUCCUAACUGGAAAAAACACCAAAGCCAUGGACAUAGCAUGAAUGCUUACCAGGACCAAGAUGACUUCUCUGAUGACUCUUCUGACUGUUCUAGUUUUUCAGAUAACCUAUCAGUAAAUAAUAGAUCUCAGCAUCAGAAAGCACUUGGUAUAAGUGGUAAAACUGAAAAUAAACUGCCAUAUAGGAUGAACAAUAAACAUGCAAACAAUGUACCUAAUGAUUUCAGCAACAAGAGAAGUGAAUCGUGUGAGGAAUUGAGCGAUACCAACUACAGGGUUUUAGUCAAUAAGCACAGGUUUAAGUCUGCAGAGUCAAAAGCCUUUAAGUCAAAUAAAGAUUUUAUAGAAACAAACAAGCUCACUCUAGGGGUCUGUACCACUUAUACCCAGCAUUCAUAUCUCAAGAUGUACUCGAAGAAAAAAGAUGCACCAGAGAAGGUUAAAGAAAUUAAAGAAAUCAAUUCUGUUAAGAAAAUAACAGAUCCUAGAAACCAAGAUCCAAAUUUGGUGAUUCCAUCUGGGAAACCGAAUCGUAAGCUUCAAGAACAAAACUUAUCAGCACAAAAAUUGAAGCAAAUUGUUUUAGCAAAUGAAAAGCUUAAGGAUACAGAUAUUCCAAGUCACAUCAUCAAAAAAAGGCAAUUCAAUAACUUAACACCUUCAAUAAGCACGCCAGAUUUAUUACUGAACGUGGAUUUAUCAAAGCUAAAAUACACUACAACAAACCACUUUAUUCCCAAGGAGUCUCCUGCUGGAUUUUUCCCAGCUCCAAAAGAAAAUUAUUAUGACAAACAUUUUCUUUCUUCUGGUCAAGCAUUGAACGAUGAUAUUGCUGCAGAUAACCUUCAUCUCAACCAAUGGCAAAUUCAAAACGCACAAAAACAGAAUAAAACACAUCCACCAAAUCAAGACAGUCGCAACGUUUAUGAUGUUGAUGAAAUGGAAAAUAUAAUUUUGGGUGGACACAGUUCUAAUACAAGUAAUGACAUCAUAUUGAAUCAAAAUCAUUUUGAAUCGGGAUAUGAACCAUUUAAUGGAGUUAAAGUCUAUGACUAUUUAGCAACAACAUUGCAAAUGGAAAUUGGUACUUUCAAAAGUGAAGAAGAGAGAAAUCAGAAUAUUCAUUCCAAUCCAGAAUCAGAUGGAUGUCAAGCAGUACUGAAAAAGACUCAGGAAAUCAGAGGAAAGCAAAGAAAGAUCCCUAAAGGAUAUGUAAACCAGGAGAUAAAGCUGGGAGGCAUUGGUCCUAGUUAUACAAUUAGCAGACAAAAAAAAGAACAAUUAUACAAUCAGAAGGAAUAUGCCAAAGCUAUACAAGAACGCAACAGAAAUAGAACUGCUACCAUUCAGAAAGCUCCUGAAGGGCAGACAGAGCAAACUGACCAAAAUAAAGGAGCACGGCACAAAAGUCUGGAAUAUGCAAAGAAUAUCCCAAAGCCCCAACCUCUGCCAAAGCCCACUGAGCAGAAGAAAGAAGAAACAGCCACACAGCCAGUAGUUCAUGAUCAAUUCUCCUCCCAAAUCAAGUUGUUGGAAGCGCUACAAAUGAGGCACGAAAAAGAAAAGGUUGCAGUUGCAGCUUUGAGUGCUCUUCAUAUCCUUUAGUUGAUCAUUAGUUAGAAAAUAGCCUAUGAACUGUUAUGGCUAUUGUUCCAAUAUAACUCAGUUGGACUCCAAUGAAACCAAAAUGCCACAAAUCAACACAAAGAUUCCAUGGGAAGGAUGUACUUAGUAAAGAGAAAAUACCCCUUCCAAGUCCUUUAACAUUAUUCUUUUGAGCUUAUUUCUUUAUGAGUAACUAUGAAGAGUCUCCUUUCUCUGUAAAUGGGGUUUUUUUUAUAUUGCAAAAGCAAACGCAUGCAGAGUUUUACUCAAUAACGAGUCUCCAUCAUUCUGCCACACUGUUCUGUACUGUAGAUUGAAGCACCAUUACAUUUAGCCAAAAGAGAUUUACAAUCUUUCAUUAAAUUAUCAUUUCCAACAACCAUGUCUGUCUAAGAUGGUGGGAGCUGCAGGUCAGGAAAUUGCAUAUAUACGAUACAAAACUACAUUUAAUGUAAUUAACCUAAACUGCUCCAUGAGGGCAAUGACUUUUCUAUAAUGUAUUUAUUACAGAAAUGUGAGUGUUUUCAUUCUUGCAUUAUCCAGGGUAUAUGUACACUUGGUUUAUAACACUUAUAUGACUUUGGAAGUUUCUGGGUUUCCAGUACCAAACCAUGGUUUACUUCUGAAUGCACUUAGCAGCAGCUUUUAUACAAUUCAAUGAGUCAAGAAAGCAUUAAUCAAUUGACAUAUACAUGAAAAUGUACUGAAUUGAUAGGGUGUUAGAGUUCAGAACUCUACAUCUAUAGGAGAGUGUUGAAUGCAACUACUCAAAGCAGUGUCAGAUUGGGGGUGUGGGCUGCACUUUCAGGGCUCCCCAUCCCAGCCGCAAUCCCACUGGCCCCAUCCCAGCUGCAACCCUGGGACCCCGCCCCAGUUGCAAGCCCUCCUUGGCCCCCAGCCAUCGAGCUUCCUGUCCCAACAGCUACCCCCUUCACCCACCACCGGUGUGUACUUUAUUACCUUAUUUCCUUAUUUCAGAGCCAGGCAGGAGGUCAGGGGUGCACACGAUUCCAGAAGGGGAGCGGGUCUGGUUUGAGGGGGGCCAUAGGGUUAUUUCCUGGUGUCCCACUGCUUUGAUAAAUGGGUCAAUUUGCAGUAGAAAUGAUGCGCAAAUAUCAACCGCAUGCUUUAUAUGUUUUUUAUUUUGCCAUUAUUGCCACACAAUCCUUUUAUGAUCCUGGACAGUUAUUAGAACAUUUAGUAAAAUGUUAUUUAAGGGUUCAGUCCUAUAACUCAAAUAGACUUGUUUGUUUUCACUGCAUUUAUUUCUGGCAGAGAUAUUAACUGUGAGGGUGUUCAUGUCAUCAAUAUAACUCUGCUUUGCCACUUACCUGUGAACUGCUGGCUGAAAGAGGGAAAACGUAGAAGUCUUUGUACUUAUAACUAACCUGCACACUCAUUUACAUUUUUUCCAAGACCAGGCAACAUGAAGAAAGGUUUGAAAUAAUGCAAGACCAGACUUUCUGCAGGUCCCCUAUAGAGCACUAGAACAUUGCAAACAAAUGUAAGGAGUGCAUUGAAUCCCUUUUUUGCCUUUUAAGGAUCCAUUUGAAUUAGAUGAACUGAAUCACAACCCUUAAUGUUAUGUGUCACAAAGUGCUGGAUACUUUUUAAAGGUGAUACAUUUUUUAUUAAAGAGGUUGCAUUUUUUAUUUUACUCAAAUUGGAAUACAGAAAUUAAGAUUUGUGUUUGGUUCAGUAUUCAGUUAAAUCUUCUGUGAGAGUUCUGGAAUUCAGUUGGAUCUAAAAUUGCUGAAUCCAAAUGGAACCAUUCAGUGCAACCCUAGUAAUAACAUUUAUUUUCUUUGCAUGGUAGUGAUAUAGAUUGUAACAGUAAUUUUCAUUUAUUUGAUUUUUUAUUAAUAAAGCAGUGACAGUGUAAAACAUUGUUCUUCAGUCAUUUUAUUUGUGAUUCAGAUACAGAGUAAAAGACAAACUGCUGCCUUUUACAAGAUACUUAUCAAACGUAAUGAGUCUGAAAUCAGGACUGAUGAUUUUAUGUGGCAUAUACUACAAUAUAAUUUACUUACACUGUAACGCUGAAUUAAAACAGACACUGUGUGAAUAAAAAACACAAUUUCUUAAUA